AUGGCCCGUCGUGCACAGCGCAACAAGCGUCUCCACCGCCCGCCCACUCCGCGCUACCUGCGCACCGAAAAUGGGCUCGAGCGCGUCGACGAGCGCUUCCGCACUGACAGUCCCCCGGUGCCCCGGUUGAUCAAGGAAGCCCAAAAGCGGCGUGUCACAUUUGCCGACCAUGAUGAGGUCAUUGUCGAUAAGAAGCCGAGGGAGAAGAGCCCGGAAAUUUUUGAGCCAUUCGAGCCGCUCUCCCCUCCCCGAGCCCUCGCCACCAGCUUCUCCGUCAGCCUCGACACCCUCAGCGAGGAUGAGGAAUGC